ACGAUGUUCAGCUACCUGUACAGUAAAACUAUUUAGAAUACAUGCUGUGGGGGUGCUCUCUAUCUUUGCACCAUUUUACCUUCGCUUAACCUGUGAGAUAGGUGCCAAUUGGUAUUCAAUAUCUCUUGUCUUGGUCAGUCUGUCGUGCAAGAUCCCGCCGUGCCACGGUGGCAUCCCGCCGGACAAGGAUAGCUUGGGUUGUAUUGCCAGAGAAAGUAUGGGUCCGUCUCGUUCGUUAGGACCUCUCCGAUGAGCCUAGUCGGAUAUGUCAAGUCAAAGCUUUGCGAGAACACGUCGACGCUCGAGAUCCGGAUCUGACCCCAGCCUUGGGCGAUCAAUGUCUCGAUAGACGUGCCAUAUAUGUACUCCUUGAAACCCGCCCACCGAAUCGCCGAGGCACACUUUGGUGAAGGUCGUCAACACACGACUCGCUAGGUCAUGUUUACCGUGCUUACCAUGGGACAACUCUCCGCAUUGGUGUACAGAGAUAACGACGAGAAGGCUGUCUGAGCUUCCGACGCGGUCAGAUUAUACCGACCGGCCGGAUCAGUCAAGAUCUCGGAGCAGUUCUUGAUCGCCGCGAUCUCUCCUGCAGGCGACGUCAGAAGCACCCGAGCAAGGAAAACAUGGUGUUGCGCACUCACCGUGCAUCGAAGGGUUGCCGGUGGUUGAAAUGCUGUUCGCACCGAUACAAACGAGCUCUCCUAGUCCUCCCGAUGUGUGAUUCACAAUGGCAGUCCCAAAUGCUCCAAAAGGGCAUAGGGAAACCAGUUGGCCAAGGGCGGCAUUGGCCUGUCUCAUCCAAUAAGCACGAGUGCUAAAGUUGACGCCAUUGAUGGACAGGGACGGGUUCCCAAUGACAUUUUGCAAUGACCCAAGACUGUGGCCGGCCGCCAUGGAGAGAAAGAGGGACAACACUUGUAUCUUCAUGAUGCGUGGCGUUGUUGAGCCUUCAAGCGGAAGACAAGGACGCAAAAAUGCGACAGUGUCAUCCAACUCUAUGUCUUUCGUCAGGGCUUGGGUGACACAAGUGUCGUCUUCGGUGACGGCAUCGCUUCUCCCAGCAGUCGGAAUGAACUGUACAUGCUUAUCUUGAGAUGAAAUGACUUACCGGUCUGAUCACGGUUCGCUUAUCUCGAGAUAGGCGUGCGGAGGUGUGAUAGGGGAAGUCCGCAGGAGCAUGGAUGGUCGACGGCCUUCUCCCUACUUGGACCAUCUGAAGACGAGGAGCAUCAGGGCUUUGGUGGACCAAUAUCCUGUGUUAGAUCUCACUCUCGUGGAGGAGGUCAGGACGGUCAUGUCGUCGAGCUCAUGCUUACUCUGCGCCUUGAACCAGGAGUCUCGACUCGUUGAUGCAGACUCACCACAGCUCAGCAGCUGAUUAAUCAUCCAUGCCUCGGGCUCAACCCAAGUCGCUGGUGGCACUUACCAGCCAAAGACAACCGCAUUCAGGCCCGAGAUGGCGCAGUCCGAUCGACCUGGAUCAACCGUGGUGUGUUUCCAAACUGAACUUGGACGAUAUGACCGGGAGUUAAAUGAGCAGACUUGGGCACGAUGUGCCAGUCGAGCAAUGGUAAGUCUGGGCAUUCUGAUAGAGGUCGAAAUUCACGAUGUCCCCAUUCUGUUCAAGAUCCAUGUGUCCUACCGUGAAGUGAAGCCGCGCUCGUUGGCAUGUGACCUAGCAUUCACCGCCGGCAGGAAAAAAAAAGGCAAGGUUAUCUUUUGGAGUUGCCAAAUUAUCCCCAGCACUCAGGGUGGAAUGGUGUAGGUUUGGGACUGCAGGCCCAACCUCCCACAACCCACUGGUCACAGGUUCGAAAUCUUCACAGUUCCGGAGCUGCUGAACCUCUUAUCUGUGACCGGUGGGUAACCACGAGUAGUGAUGUCAACCAAAAAAAAAGGCAGUUGUUGUCCUCCGGAGCGCUCCGGGUUCCUGGCGGUCUUUUCUCAAGAAAGCGUCAAGUAACACUUGAGUUUUUUGCACUUUUUGUUCGGUGGGUGGGUGGUUCGAACCACUGUACGGGCAGUGUUUACUUUUUGUGUCUGGAUUUGACGGUGCAGCGCAGAUAUUACAGCGUUUGUUGUGCGACAUGUGAUGCGGCAGUGAAUAAUCUGCGAGUGAAUCGAGUUGAGUAGGGGUGGUCACCAGCAUCCAUAACUUGUUUAAGGCACGUGGCGGCUCCUGGUCAGAAUUACACUGUCGGUAAUCUACACGAGAACGGAUCAUGCAGUGCGGGUAUUGAUCAUACCAGACUGAGCAAGAUCAAUCGAAUUGCUUCGAAAAAAGGGACACGGCCUUGUCAUGCGAGCCUCGCGAGGCUGGCGGUAGACAAGGCUGAGAGCCGUGCGGAGACUUGUCACGGUUGCCUCGGCAUGUUGGACUUGUACCGUGAAACCUCGACACUUCAACAUCCGAGUCAACCAACACGAUCUCGGUUAGCAUGGCUAUAACUGGUUCCGGAUUCUCGCUAUGCGAGUGCCAGGUAUUUCUCUGUGACUUUCCGGCCUCUCACUGCAGCAGGAAAAAUCACUCAGGCAUAUCUUCGCCUCCCAACUCCGGUGAGGUUGUAUGAGCCGCUGCAACAAUGUCCACCACCAUCAGCUCAGUCCCGUUUGCUGAGCCCAGUUACCUCCGAGGCUUGCCAUCGCCUUACUUCAAGAAAACACAUUUAGACUUCCAGAAACGAUGUCGCGCUUUCAUGAACGAGCAUUUUCUACCUCACGCGCUGGAAUGGGAGACAGCCGGCACCGUGCCCGAGCAUGUCUGGCACACGUUCAACAAACAUAACAUGCUAUUACCAAAUCUCAAGUCUCCACUACCUGUACAAUGGCUCAAAAGGCUCGGUCUUAAUGACAUACUUGGCGUUCCCGUGGAGGAAUGGGACCACCUGCACACCGCGAUCUGGGUGGACGAAAGAGCUCGAACGGGCAUUUCCGGGCCCGGGUCGAGCCUUACCCCUGGCUUCGCAUAUGCGAUUCCACCUUUGUUGGCAUUUGGAUCCCCAGCUCUCCAGGAGAAGUUCCUGCCCAAGCUACUCCCCGGACAUGCUCGUGCUUGCAUAGCCAUCACAGAACCUCAAGCGGGAUCUGACGUCGCCAACAUCCAAACCACUGCCGUCAAAUCAGCCGACGGCAAAUACUAUGUGAUCAACGGGGAAAAGAAGUGGAUUACCAACGGUAUCUGGUCUGACUUUGCUCCUAUGGCUGUGAGAACUGGCGGGCCAGGACCGUCCGGUAUCAGUCUUAUCGUUGUUCCAUUGAAAAAUCAUCCUGGAGUAAAGAUGCGUCGCUUGGAAGUUAUGGGCCAGCGAGCAGGUGGUACUACUUAUAUCGAGCUGGAUGAUGUCAAGGUGCCUGUCGAAAACUUGGUGGGCAAGGAGGGAGAAGGAAUGAAAUAUAUCAUGACGAAUUUCAACCACGAACGACUCUUGAUAGCCAUGGGAGCUACCCGCCAGGCUCGAGUGGCACUUUCCACUGCAGUGGCAUACGCGAUGAAACGAGAAGCAUUUGGAAAGACGUUGAUGGACCAACCUGUGGUGCGGCAUCGUAUUGCCAAAGCUGCCGCAGACCUGGAGACGCUGCAAUCGUGGAUCUUUGAGUUUGCGUAUCAGCUCAAUCAUUUGUCCAAGGCGGAGGCGGAUGAAAAGCUCGGAGGUCCAACUGCGCUUUUGAAAGCAAAGGCUGGGAUGGUGCUCAAUGACUGCGCUCAAACUGCCGUGCUUAUCUUCGGAGGAAAUGGAUAUACCCGGACCGGACAGGGUGAACUGGUGGAGAAGAUCUAUCGCGAUGUCAUGGGUGCGCGUAUACCGGGUGGCAGUGAGGAUGUUAUGCUCGACUUGGCCGUUCGACAACUGGUCAAGAAUUUCAAGAGGGAGAUGAAGAAGCAGGAAGCUAGUAAGCUGUGAGUGCCGGGUUGGUGAAUCCAUCAUGGCAUAAACAAGGGGCUCUGUCACUGUCGAGCUUUUACAACAUUGUACGCCAGCGGCAUUGCUGCAAUUGCACACAGCGCUCGAUGUGUCGCAAUUGAGGCCGUCCUUCUUGAGCGAAUCUCGCCGACAUAUUACUGCAUCACGUAUCAGCUUCACGUAGGGAAGCUGCAGCAGUUGUUCGUGCCCAUGUAGCCACCUGAUAUCAUCGCUCGGGAUGCGGUUUGCCCUUGAAUGGACGACCUGGCGCCAGUCCGGUCUUUCUUUUGAUUCCAUCAUCUGAGAUCCACGUUCGAGGCAUAUGCGUAUGAUGCAGUGUUUGGUGCCAUCGUUCAUAGGAAGUGACUGUUGAGGACUGAGAAGAAUAGAACAAAUUCGGUAGUAAAUCUGAGAGGAACAGUAUAUCGAACCCG